AUGGAGGCUGGACUUGGAUGGAUCUCCAAAUUGUUUGUGCUGACCAUGCUGUGUCUCACUUUGAAUGCAGACGAUGACACAAAAUGUGAAAAGGAAAUCAAUGUCCUUCGCGGCGUGCUCUAUGAGGCCUUUAAUGGAGGACAAUUACGGCUGGAAUGCCCUGUUCCUGAUUUUGGAUUGUAUGCCUGUGGAUUUGAAUCUGAAAAGAGUCACUACAUCAAUGUUGCAGUGAAAGAUGGGAAGGAGACUUUCCAGGAUCCAAAUGAGAAAAAUUCCACAUCCACUGACAAUAAACAUGUUUGGCAGUAUCUAUAUUGUACUGUGGGGAUUGUGGGAAUUGUCAUAGUUGUGACGGUCAUAUCGGUUUUAUCAAUGAAACAAUGUAAUGAUAAAGCAAAGGACAAGACUGAAGAUGAAAACCAGUAUAUGAACGUCCCCCGCGGUGGAACAGUCUGUCCUCCUCUGCCCCCCCCCACACACACAGGAGGAGAUAAAGCAAAUGACAAGACUGAAGAUGAAAACCAGUAUAUGGACGUCCCUAUGGUGGAACAGUCUGCCCAUCACUCAAGCACCACGACGUCACCGAGAGCGAGCCCCCACAAGUCCUCAUCGGCUCCCUCCAAGACAAAGAGAAACCAACACAGGGGGAGGUCUGUAGUUUAUGCUGCUUUGAACCAUCAGCAACUGGCCUCAGGUUCUCGCCCCAGGACGGCCCCGGAGGAGCAGACAGAGUAUGCAGCCAUCAAGGUCUCCUAA